AUAAAUCAAAAUAAAGGAAAAAGUAAACUCUUAUCACGUGGUCGAGAGAGCACGUAUCGACCGUAUCGCCGCAAAGCGAAAGUGCGGGGCCCCUUUGUCGUGGCGUACAUUCAUGCGGCUGGUCUCCCCCACCACCGCCAAUUCUUCCCACCACGCGGCCAACUCCCCUUCUAGUCUAGCGCGAGCCGCGUUUCGCCUCAGUCUGUCGCGCGCCACGAACGGUUCAAGUUAUAUGUUUCGUGUGUGUCACAAGCGGUGGUGGUUGCUUUACGUACGUGCGUGUGUGUUUCGACAGUGCGCGCGUGCGUGCAUACAUCGUGUGCCUUUUACGGUGUCACAGUGUAUACGUGCGUCUGAUACUAUCAUCGUGGUCUCUGCUUUCGAACGCUCGAACACAGCAACGGUGACAUCGAAGCAUGACAGCGACGCGGGAGUGUUACCCCAUACGCUUUUCACGCUAGAACGUCAGAACGUGGCUCGCGUGUCGACGGCCCAUCGAAGAGGAGCGAUUUCGACGAACACAUUUUUUCCUUCAGAACGUAUGCUCAGGCUGAUUGAAUUGAUGAACGACAGGAGAACGAGAGAAGAGGACGUCGUGGUCUCGAAGGAGGCAAUGACUUGGUCGUUGAUCGUCAACGUUUAACGCAUCUGGACCUGUCGUAACUUUAACGAACUCCGAAUCUACAGGAUGUUUCAAAAUUUAACGCUACAUUGAUAUAUUAACCCCUCCAAAACUGAAUUUUGUCCACUUUUCGUUUAUAUAUAAAAUUAUUUUUUUAUUAGUUACUAGUAACAAAGACAUAUUUUCUAAUUUGGCAUGAUUUUGUAAAGAAGACAUUAAUGCACUAAAAUUUGAGUCUAGUUUUACUGAGAACAAAGUACAUUUAUCGUUUAGUUAAUUAACGAUUAUACUCAACGAUCUUUUUUUCUCGCGAAGUAGCAAAAUUAAUAAAAAUACGGAAUAAUCUUAAAAUAAUCUCAUGGCAAGUGAAAAAAGGAACCAAGAUUUUGAAACACCCUGUAUAAAAUCAAGCUAGUAGUAUAACGUCGCUCGUGCAUCGCUAGACCAAACAGAGGUUAACAAAUGAUAAUUUAAAUUUCAAUGAUUAUCAAUUUUCAUCUUCGCAUCGAAUCCCGCAAUUCUUUUUUUCUUUCUCUGCCCCUCUUUUCCCUCUUAUCUCUUUUCUUGGAUUUCGACGACGACGUCAACAUGUGCAUAAACGAGCAAUAAAAUCGACGAACGGUGAUUUCAUAAAUAUUCCUACGGAAUUAUUAAGCGUGAUUUGCAUACGUUGCAAACGCAAACCGCGAUUCGCUCCUUUUCAUGACGGGAUACGCGAGCACGAUGACGAGAGCGUGAACGUUUGCUAACGGCGAGCGAGAGAAACAAACAUCAAUGGCAGUAUUAUUCUUUCACAAAAAAAAAAAAGAAAAAAAUUAAACAAGUAAACGAGUAAAAUGAAAGUUUAAAAAAAUAAGAGAGAAAUUAAGAUCAACGAGAUCGUGGUUUUUGUAAAGAAAUAAAUUGAACACACAAAACAGUAACAAAGAUUAAACUAAGCAUAAGAAAGACAUAAAAUUAUUUUUAGCUUUGUUACAUAGAUAUUAAAUGACGCAAUCUGGACCAGAAUCGAAAGUUAACAGUUCAGAACCUUAACUGAAAUAAUUAAAGUUUGAAAGCGUCUUUUAAACCUGUACUGCUGUAUUAUAUCGAAUUGCUUGAAUUCAUUGGAACGUAAUUAAUAUUAUCUUCCUUGAAUCAUUGAACCCCUGAAAUUCGAUUCUGGACCAGUAGGUGGCGGGGAGAUUUUUUUUCUCAACCGGAAACGUAUCCGAACUCGUCGCCACUCAGAGCUCUAGUUGCCCGGAAAAAGCAUGCGAAUGUUCACUCAAACUUUGCCAACAAAUACGAGCACGUAGUUUAACAAAGAUGAUGUUUCGAAAUAGAAAUCGCCGUGUUUCUAUCGUUAAUUAUAAUUGAACUAUUUCAGUCGCGAACUCCGCGAGAUACGCCAGAUGUAGCUUCAGUAAAACAAUUAAUAAUUCCUCUAGUAUAUAUAUAUAUAUAUUAUAUAUCUAUACAUUUUCUUUAUUCUUAUAUACAAUUAUCACAGUGUAUUACUGCAUGGUAUGUUUGUUUCUAAGACACAUUCUAUGUUCUUAUUAUCGGCUGUUACUACUUUGUACGUGACCAAAAAUCAUUCCGCGAUAUCAUACAUAUUUAGAUCACGUCGCCGCUUGUUCGUCUUCACACUACCUAUCGAAAAUGACAUAUUUUUUUUCUUUCUUUCAUAAUCUUACAUCUCAUUUAUAUUUACGUUAUGCUUACAACAUUAAGGAGAUAGAAAAAAUUCGCAAUUGCAUUUCUCUUCAAAAACAAGUACGCGACGCGACAAAAGUACGGGGCUCCUGAGAUCAGCGGCGUCGUCUCUGGCGUUUCGAGCAACACUCGAACAUGGCGGCGAGCUCGGAUGUUCUCUCGACAUUUCGAAAGAACGGCGCGCGAGGUGGAAAUCGCCUCUCGAUCAUCUAGCCUCUUCUCGCCGUGUAACGUUCGAAUAUCUCGCCAGGUUCUCUCUCGAUAGCCGGAGUCGGAGGAGUUAACGUGCGGCGUGCACGUUUCGAACUGAAGGGGGCCAGAAACGUGUACGAGGUCGGGCAAAAUCACGAGGCGAGGUUAACCUCCUCCGCCUUGCCGUGUCGUGUCCUCCCGUUUCAACCACGAAAACGAAACCAGCAGGGAGAAAAAAAAGAGGUGGAGCGAUACCGUGUGGCUCUCGUUGUGAAAGAGAGAAAACGAAAAGAAAAAGAAAAAAGGAAAAGUAAGAGUGACGGAAAAGGAAGAAAGAGAACGAAAGGGUAGAAUAAUAGGAUCGAAACGAGACAGAGCAAAGGGGGAGGGAAUGAACGGCCCUGGGAGUCAUCAGCAUCGCGGCUUGGGCAUGCAGGGACGUUAUAGGGCCGUAGUAACUGCUGGCACCCCGGCAGGGCCCCACUCUCGACCCCCAGCGCCCCCUCACGCCCGCGGUGGAUGGCACCCUCAUAAUCAGCACCCUCAGCACGCCCAGAUACCUCAGCAAUACACCGGCAACAAGGAAUACCCGUAUCGACAAUGUCCACCACCACGCUUCCAUAACGGGGAUUGUCCUGGCGUCGGUACGUCUUCCGGGCCAAACGGCAAGGAAGUUUCGUAUCACGGGAACGUAGGCGGGUCUAGCGUGGGGUACAAACCGCCCCCGCAGCACAGUCCGCAAUCAAGAGGUCCACCGGCUCACUUUCCACAAGAGUCCGUGGGCCCACCGGCCAAUUCUCCACCGUUGCACAUUAACAUUUGCGGGCAAGAGAACGCAAUGCGUGGUCCAUUAUUGAACAUGAGUCCAGGUCUUGGAGCUAGCGGCGUCGAUAUGGAAUAUCGUAGAAGUUCUCAAGCGACAAACCAACUGCCUCUGAGUCCUGUACAAAUCCAGCCAUCGCCGCCAUAUUACAGACAGCCUAGUCAAGACGAUGGUAGAAAGAGUGAAUCUCCUUCGAGGAAACGCCGUCGAAUAUCCCGCAACGGUGCCGUUUCCGGAAUAGAAGUUCGUGAAACUACGCCACCCUCGCCUACACCGUCAUUGCACACUACUCCGCCGCCAUGGGAGUUCUCAACGGCGCCCCAGAGGCGAUCACCUCGAAAUCAUAUGUCGACACGCGGCAGUCCAACUAUCAGAAAUCGUUAUCAACGAUACACAGACUCGUUCGGCUUGUCUUACCCUUUCGUGCCCGGUCAUACCCCUCAUCCGCCCAUUCAUAACUCCCACCAUGGGAUUCACAAUUCUCAUCACAACAUUUCGCACCAUAAUAUACAUAAUUCGCAUCAUAAUAUGCAUAACGCGCAUCAGACGCAUCCCCAUCAUCCACCUGGUACGGGACACCAUCCCGCGCAAGGAGCAAACGGCCCUGUGGUCGUGGACGUCGGGCAAGUCGGUGUUUCCGGUUUGGGGGUUGCCGUUAGCGGGGAACCACUCUGGCAUCCUCAGGCGACAGGUUACAGGAUCCCAUGCCAGCUGCACGGCAUAUACACACCGACCGGAGCACACGCGUUCGCACAUUCGUGUCAGGUUACCCACCAUCAUAGUCACUAUUCAGCGGCUCAUCCGACCCACCCAGGCCACAGCCUGGUCGGUUCAAUAGUUGGCGCUGCAUCCAGAGGAUACCCAACACCAACCGGAGGUCCUGUAGCGGCUCUUCAUCACGCUCACGCGCCUCCUCCACCCGUCCAUACUACUCAUUACACUGCGCACCAUCAACUUUCCCAACAGCGAGAAGUUGAAUUAGAGUUAAUAGAGUCCCAUCAUCAUCAUAGAGUGGGAGCUACAGCCGGUGCCCCAUUACCAUUACCACACUCGUAUUCACCGCCAGCUCUAACUCAAGUUACCACUCCUACUCCUACUCCUAUAUUCUUAUCAGAAACGAGGAACAGUCAAUUGGAAAUGAUUCAAACCAGAACUCGGCGCACACCGUCCAACGUUCACACGCUCAGACGACCAAGGUCGAGUAGAUGGAGAGGUACGCCUCCGAUAGCACCGGCUACUUAUUCAGGAUUCCUGUUACACUUCUUUGCAAUGCUCAGCAAUCCACCAUUAUCUCCGUACAGUCAGGCGGAACUAUCCUCGCCGGACUCAGCGACCGAAAAUUACGAAGCACUGCUCUCUUUGGCAGAGAGACUAGGAGAGGCUAAGCCACGAGGAUUGACUCGGGCUGAAGUGGAGCAGUUACCCUCGUAUAAAUUCAACGCGGAAACACACCAAGGAGACCAAACCAACUGCGUGGUCUGCAUGUGCGACUUUGAAGCUCUGCAGUCACUGCGUGUUCUACCGUGCUCGCACGAAUUCCAUUCUAAAUGCAUCGACAAGUGGCUUAAAUCAAAUCGAACGUGUCCAAUAUGUCGCGGGGAUGCCGGAGAAUACUUUGGAAACAGCGGGACCGGUAGCGACUGACGCCAAGCCGCUCAAGUACACUAGCGCCAACUGUCACGGAUCUCAGGGACGCUACUCAGCACAGAGCUUCCAGCGAUCACGUUGCUGGUUUGUGCAAAUUUCUGUUGACAAGCAUUUCUCGCCUUUUCUCUGACCGAGUCGUUAGUAUGUCACGGUUGAUCACCUCGAUUUUGCGAAGAGGAGAGGAUUGGGAAUGAAUGAAACACGGAAAACAAAAAAAAAAUAUAAGGGGGAUAAAAAAAACAUAGUAAAAUUCAGGGUAUGUUGUCAGGGUGUUUGGUGUCGAGAAAUGGACCACACACACGCAAUAAAAGUACACGAUUUAAAAUUGCAGCAUGCAACAUUUUUACAAUGCGAAUUAACGUCUCUGCGUUUAUUCCAUUAUUUUUUCUCGAGAAUAGACAAGUCUGACAGGUUUGAGAAAGAAAGAGUGUAUAAUAACAAGUAAUGAGCAAAUCAAUCAAGAUUGAAAGCAAUGAAGGAAAUUUCGGAGAUUUGUUAAAAGCUAUCAAGCAUUUCAGGUCAAGAUUAAAGUCUGACUUAAUGUAUUCGUUUUGUUUCAUCGAUGCGCUUCGAGUUUAAUCGUGUUUAAUGCUCGUUUGUUGUUUUUUCCUUUUCAUAUUAUUACUUCGUCAAAUUGUGAAGUUUAUUCUGUACAUAAUUACUUACGUAAUACGCAAAACUAUAAUCGCUACUUUCCAUUAACGUUCCAGUUUUUAUUACUAUCACGAGUACUACUACUACUAUUAUUAUUAUUAUUAUUAUUAUUAAUAUUAUUAUUAUUAUUAUUAUUAUUAUUAUUAUUAUUAUUAUUAUUAUUAUUAUUAUUAUUAUUAUUAUUAUUAUUAUUAUUAUUAUUAUUAUUAUUAUUAAUAUUAUUAUUAUUAUUAUAGUGAUAGUUGUAUUUUUAAUCCUACGAAUUGUACAUAUAUACUCGCAUAAACGCGCUCCUAUCACAAUGAGACAUACACUACAGCCAAUUUGAUUUUGUAAGUAAUUUUUUUUGUAUUUUUUCUCUUUGGGCACAUAACCAAAUGUAGCGUGAACAUUCUUUUCUUUUCUUUUUCUCGCGGCAAACAAGUUAAGAUAUAUCAUUAUGUGGAGUAAACCGAUUAGAGGAAAGAAAAGAUUCGAUCUUUCUAACCUAUAUAUAUAUAUAUAUGCUUUACGUGUCUUUUUACGUAGAUCGGAUAAUCACUCUUUUGUCACGUCGAACUCGUAAGUGUUUUUCUAUAGCGACUAGGGAUUGUAGAUAAAAAAAAGAAAAAUUAUUAAAUUAUUUUGUCAGAUGACGUAAAUAUUUUGUAAAUAAUCUGGCGAAACAUUCGAUGUUCGUUUUGAGGAACACAAAAGGUAGCAGAUCCGUUUUCCAUUGUACUCACUUCGUCGCGGAUCGUUUUCUUUCGCCCGAAAGAUAAGUUUCCCUAAUACUAUUACUGAUUCACAGGCUAUCGUAGAACGUAGAAUUAACGGGGGGAGGGGGAAGGAAAGGUAAAUGGAUCAAAUAUUGUUCGAAACGUGACGAAGAUUAAAGAAAAGGCUCUUCAGCAAUAGUUUUCAUGCAAAAAAAAAAGGAAAGAAAGCUGCGUAAAGAAGAUACAAAACUGAACAAAAAAAAAAAAAGAUAAGAACACUGCUUCUGUUUCCUGUGUAUCUACCUCUAAAUAGAAGAAAUGAAACGAUUCAUAUUUUUUUAUACACACAUCUCAUAAACAAUAAACGUACGUACGCUAAGAAAACCAAAAAAAGAGAGAGAGAGAGAGAGAGGAAGGGAGACAGAGAAAGAAAAACCGCUGGAUAGAAGAAAAAGAGAAAAAACGAGUUAACCGCGAUUUUUCGAAUUUCCACGAAUAUUAACCGUAAUUAACUAAAUUACAGAUUAAGAUUUACCUGGUAUAUAAAAAGAAAUAAGAUAACUUGUAUUUAGAAGUCUCUAACAGAGAAAAAAACAGAGUUUAUGAAUUAGAAUACUAUUGGAUUAGACACGUAUUUAAAAAUAAAUGAAAGAUUGAUUCGUUUUUGAGAAAAACGUACGUUCCCAAGGUUUUUCGUAAAGGGCUUUCAUAUUAAUCUCAACUGAGCGAUACCACGUGGAAAGAGAGCGCUUUUGUUAUCGGAAAAUUUGAAAUAAUCUUUCUUGUUAUUCAUGAGGCUCUUCAUACUUGCACAAGUAUGAUCAAUUAGCAAAUUUCUGUUGCGCUUUAUAGUUAAAUGAAAUUGUUAUGUAAAAAGUUUCUUACGCAAUUGCUAUAAUAAUCUAUAAUAAAAUUUACUUGUAAUCGAUUUGUUUUAGAUUAGUAAAAAUUUUCCGAAGUUAAUUCUUUUUUUUCUUCUUGUAUUCUUUAAGAGUUCGUUCUUUUUCUAAAGAUAUACAUAGUAAGUAGUUGAUAAAUAAUUAUAUUAAUUGAAAAUUCUAUUUGUUCUCGGUUUUUUGCGUUAGUUAGUUUUUAAUGUAAUCGAUCGAUGAGAUGAAAAUCACGUGGUGUGUCGUACAGUGAAAGGUAACGGUCGGACAUCAUCAAACGUAAUCGAAAGGCGGAAAAACGCAUAACACCGCGAUCAUGUUCGUACCUCUUUGACCUUAUCCUUCCAUUUUUUAUCGCGUGCCUUUACUUUACUGACCGUGUAUCGGGAAAAAGACUAUGGGAGUUCUCAUGCGAAAAGUCGACGAAGGGAAGAGAUAUGGGUUAUUAUCAUAAAGGAAAGCCGAAUCGACGCGAAUCAUGUUCGUUAUUUCAGAGAAACAAAUGUAAAAGAAAAGAGUGGAACGACAUAAAGCACAAAAACAAAACCAUGUGGUGACAAACGUGUCUGAUGAAUCGAAAUGCUUCGUCGUUGUGCAUCUGCGUAUAGUUUAUUAUAAAAUAGAACAUCAAUAGCGCUUCAACAUUAAAAAAAUCGUUUGAAUAUCGUUUUUGUUAAAUUUUGAAAUAUUCCACUUAGAAUUCGAUACUGCAAAGGAGUUUCUCGAUUUAUUUUAAUAUUCUAUAAUUUUGAUUUUUAAAUUUUAUACAAGUUUGUUCGAAUAAUAUUGAUACGUUAGAUUAUCGAUAUUAUCUAAAUCCGCUGAUCUGUAAUUCGUUCUCAGAUGAACACGAUAAACAGUUCGAUUUAUCCAUAAACGAAACUCGUCCGUGCAAACGCAUAUACGUAAAACAUGUACUUUUUAGUAGCUUUGUACAGGUCUAAGGCUGCGUUCGCGAAAAGUUACCAGAUGCAAGUGACGUGGGUCGGAAACAAGCAACAGCUCGUUUAAAAUUAGUAGGCCUGCUCGAGGUUGCCGACAUCUCGCUCCUCCGCUAUUCGUUUCAUUAUUCCACCACUCAAGCUUCUAUCUUCUUGUCAAUUUUCUCGGACAGAGAAUUGAAAUCAGUAAUCGUAUAUUCUCUGUCGCUUAAAAAGCAAAAAUAAUACCUAUAUAACAAUCGAAAUAUGUAUGUAAAAUUAUAUACAUACUCGUAUAUAAAUAUAGAGGGGAAAGCGGCUUUGUGCGGCAGCGGAUGUCGAACGAAGCGACGCAAAUCAAAAGUCGAUUUCCUUACCGGUUACAACCACCUCUUGUUCAAACUGCGUUUCGUUUCUAUCAAUCGCGCGCUUUUUUCCCAUCCGCGUCAUUUGCAUCUAUGUAGCGCGUCGCGUAAACCCAGCUCAUUAUCGAACACAAUAUCAAAAACUCGUGUGCGUGUGUGUGUUCGUGUUGCUGUGUGUAUAUUCAAAAUGGAAAGAGAAGGAAAAAGAAAGAAGAGUAAGGAAGGUAAAGACAAAUGAAAGAGCGUUGGUUUUUCCUAGAUGCGUUAUAAGAGAACACAUAUCACUUUUCUCCAUCGUAUAUCCACGCGUCUCGCACGCUCGCCCUCUUUGUCGCAUUUUACACCCGGGAAGGAGAGGAAAUAGGAAGAAAGGCUCACAUUUUUUUACUAGUUUAAGACCAUGAGAGUGAAAACGAGAUGAAGAGAGAGAGAGAGAGAGAGAGAGAGAGAGAGAGAAAGAGAGAGUGAGUGUGAGGUUGUCAAAAGGGACGAGCGUUCGAUUGGAAGGAGCUAAUGCCGAAGAAAUCAUCCCUAUCAAGGGAUUAAGAAUAUUUUCCAUUCUAUCCUAUAUUACUUCCAAAUUUUGAACUAUUACUUCGUUCGAUUUUUCGUAAUGUUAUAAUCUGAAAAAGCAUCCAUCAUUCGGAGUCUGUUUAUCUUACUUAUUAAAUAUUAUAUUAUAAAUACGGCGUUAAACAUUAAAUCUGUACAAUCCGUGUAUGUGUAUAAAAUUUCAACUGGGAGAAGAUAUAACCAAACGUUGUAGGAAUAAUAUGGAAUAGUAUCAGAAUUAAACCAUACUUGUUGUAAUCGCUGUUUCUGUAGAGAUGAGUUUCUCUUAUUUUCUUUCGGCUUUUAAAUCGCCGAUAAUGUCGACUUUCGGCUGUAGUAACCUUGGCCCGUCCAACGCUCCGUCCCUUGAUACGCUUAGACUAAGGUAGCAUAACGAAAUCCAUAAUGCGUACCUUAAACACACCCUGAAUCCUAGUGUACCAGUCGCAGCAGAAAAACCUAUGAUCGGUUCCUGGAACGUCCUGUAUCGUCUUAACGCCAAUAGUUAAAUUCAAUUCGAAGAAAAUGCUCUAUGAAGCUUUGUUUUCUCGUUAAUUACCGAGAGGCGAUUUUUUAAUAAUACAGAGCAUAAAAAGAGAAAGAGAUGAUAAGAAUUUUAUUUGAAUGCAUGUUCGAAGAACCGGUCACGAAACAGUACCAAAAGUAAUUGUUCCGACGUAUGAGUUCGCCCAAGUUGCUUUUAGAUAUAAACGAUAUAAACCCUUAUAUCAUUUGUAUAUAGAAAGAGAAACAUGUAUUCGUUUAUACAUACUGUACAUUAGACACGUAUCACGUGUUGAAAUCGCAGAAAGAAAAAAAAAAAAAAAAAGAAAACAAAGGAAGAACGUGCAAUACGUUGCUUCGAGUCUCAAUUACUUGGAGGAUGAAGAAAGUAGCUGGCUUUAAAACGCGUAAUAUUGAAGUUGCGCGUUAACUCGACUGUUGCGUCGGCGUUGCUGAGGCCAGCUGCGCGUUCAACUGAUUUAUGCAUAUCGAAGGCCGCCGUUGAAGAAUUCAUCUUCUAAAAGCCGAAUGUGUACUGGACGCAGCGGCGUGAAAGCCCUCGCUGAAGUAACAACGAUCGAUUUCGGCCUCUUCUUCUUCCCCUUGUUUCGCCUUUCGCGUUACUGUUUAAAACGAAUUUCUAUUUGUCUUGCUUUUUCUUUUUUUCUUCUAUAUUAUUUUGGAAAAGUCAACGAAUUCGAUGCAGUAUUAUAACAAUGAUAGAUUCGUGUUACCCGAGAAUCAUAAGUACGUAUAGCAGUUUUCGCACGGUUGGCCGAACAGCAGACGACGUUUCAUGAAUCAAAAUAUCAUUUUUAAAGAACGUCGUAAUCCAAACCGAAAACCAUAUCCAGUGACCUGACGUCUUGUUUCGAAUUGUCGAUAAAUCCGGAGAAACAGCAAUAAAUCAAACGAUCUAUAGAAAGAGAAAAAUACAUUGAUAUUUCGCAUUCAAAAUGUACGAACGCAUAACUUCAUUGUUUGCGGUUUACCAUUCGUUUCAUUUAGCAGCUCCUUUGAGACAACGAUGAAGAAGCACAAUACGUUCACUGAAUCACUUCACGACAUAUAGUACAAGCAUGCCAUUAGUUUAGAAUAAUUUGUUUCUCGUUUCCUUUUUUUUUUCUUCACGACGGGAAAGUAUUCCCUCCUGCGAGUGGUGCUCUCUUAUCGUACGUUUGUUCGUUUUUCCAAACUUAUGGGUAGCGUAUACAAUUAACUAACAUGGAGAUAUCUGAAAUGAACCAGCAUAUUGAAAAGAAUUUGGAACGCGCUUAAUUUAAGAAAUAAAAAUUAAUUAUAUUAAUUCCUACUUACUAUGAUAUACAUAUUAAGUUUUCUAAUUUUUUAUGGGAAAGAUUUUCCUCUCUGUUUUCCUUCUUAUUUAUUAAUAUUAAUUUCUAUAUGUUAUCAUUUGCAAGAAGCACGUGGCUAGAAGCAUUUUAUAUGUCUUCUUCAACGACGCGUUAAGAUUAUAAAUCUCGUUGAAAAUCAAUAUCGUCUAACAAUAAAGAUUCUUUUUCGCUCCUAUACAUGAUGUACCACAAAUAACUAUAUCACACUUAAAAAAUACAUUAACAUCCCUCCCUUCGCUCCUUCUUCUAUUAUUUCUUCUUCAUUUUUCUCAUUUAUUGGCGUGGCUAAGUAGAUUUCUCGCUCUGUUAAUAAAAUAAAUAGCGUGUAAUAAUUGGGAUGGUUCGAGACGUUGUCCUCGGCAGCGUGAACUUGUGUAACAAUUUUUAUAUAUUUUAUUCGUAGAAUUGAAUAUAUCGCCGCUGCAACUGCUGCUGCUGCUGCUGCUGAUACCACUACUUCUUUGUUAACAUAUACGUAUAUACCAGAAAUGCGUUAGACGCUUUUAUACAAACUCGAUUUAACGUUUUUUAAUUGUACUGCAAUAUUUAAUUUGUUCGUUAGUUAUUGUUGUUAUUAGUUAUUAUUAUAUAUCAUUACCAUUAGCAUUAUUAUUAUUAUGUUAUUAUUAACUUACCGUAUCGGUUCAUUAAAUUUAUCGAUAAAUACAUUGUAAUAUCGCUAAUAUCGGAGGAGCAUAUUGUUAAAUAACCAAAAUGCGACACGAACUUCUGUAUACAAAUCAGAAAUGGGGAAAAGCUUCGAUGAUUAAAAAACAUCGAAGCGAGCUGAGUAUCAGUAAACUAUUGUACAGACGCGAAGAUAACGAUGCCAAACAUUAUAUAUUAUUAAUACGGAUACUGCUGCUACUACUAUCGCUAUCGUCUACUAUCACUUUCAUUAUCAUUAUCAUUAUUAUUAUUAUCAUCAUUAUUAUUAUUAUUAUUAUUAUUAUUAUUAUUAUCAUUAUUAUUAUUAUUAUUAUUAUUAUUAUACUUAUUAUUAUUAAUGUUAAUAUUAUUAUUAUUAUUAUUGAAAUAUUAUCGAUCAUUAUUAUUAUGAGA